AGGGACAUCCGAGGAGGGUUGGGGAGGAGCCGUGGGAGGGUUAGGGUGGGCCAAGUGGGGCUUACCUCCACACUGCCGGUGGAAGAUCGCAGUAUGCGACCCACCCAGGAGUGGCGGGCCAGCUGCAGGAGGCAGGACUUCUGGAAGGCCUGCAGCUCAGCCUCCAGCUGCUGCAUCGUGGUCAUGGUCUGCAGCAGACGCUCCUCCAGCUGGGACUUCUCCUGCUCCAGGACGGCGCAUAGGACGUCCUGGGCUGGGGAGCAUACAGGAAGGACAGGAAUGCUCUCCGGGGUAGCAGCGAUGGAGCUGAAGGUGUGGGUGGAUGGCAUACAGCGCGUGGUCUGUGGGGUCUCCGAGCAAACCACCUGUCAGGAAGUGGUCAUCGCACUAGCCCAAGCAAUAGGCCAGACGGGCCGCUUUGUGCUCGUGCAGCGUCUCAGGGAAAAGGAACGGCAGCUGCUCCCCCAGGAGUGUCCAGUGGGUGCCCAGGCUACCUGUGGACAGUUUGCCAGUGAUGUCCAGUUUGUCCUGAGGCGGACAGGGCCCAGCCUCACUGGGAGGCCUUCCUCAGACAGCUGCCCACCUCCUGAGCGCUGCCCAGUCCGUGCCAGCCUCCCCCCGAAGCCACGGCCAGCCGUGGGCCACGAGCAGCACAGAGCACUGACCUUCAGCCUGGGGUGCCCCGGGCUGGCCCCCAACCCUGCGCUGCCUGAGCCUGUGGCCCCUGUAGCACCAAUCCCAGGCUCCUGUGCAGACCUGCAGGGCCUGGAGCGAAGGGUGCGAAGGAACGCCGUGGAGCUGGGUCAGGAGGCCUUCUGGGAGCAGGAGCUGCGGCGGGAGCAGGCACGGGAGCGUGAGGGGCAGGCACGCCUGCAAGCCCUGAGCGCAGCCACUGCCGAGCACGCUGCCCGGCUACAGGCCCUGGAUGCCCAGGCCCGUGCCCUGGAGGCUGAACUACAUCUGGCCUCAGAGGCCCCUGGGCCCCCCUCACCCACAGCAUCUGCAACUGAACGCCUGCGCCAGGACCUGGCUGCCCAGGAACGGCAGAGUGCAGAGGUGCAAGGCAGCCUGGCCCUGGUGAGCAGGGCCCUGGAGGCCGCUGAGCAUGCCCUGCAGGCCCAAGCCCAGGAGCUUGAGGAGCUGAACCGGGAGCUCCGUCAGUGUAACCUGCAGCAGUUCAUCCAGCAGACGGGGGCCGCACUGCCACCACCCCCUCGGCCAGACAGGGGCCCCCUCAGCACACAGGAUCUUCUGCCUCCAGCCAGAGAAGACCCCCUCAAGAACCCCUCGGAACCCUGCUCUAGUGUCCAGCCUGAGCCCAGAGAUUGCCCCAAUGAGGCAGAACUCCUGCAGGUAGCAGCUCUUGGCCCAGAAUGGACGUCCAUUGCCAGCCCAGCCCUGGGCUCCAGUGCCACGAGCGAGGGCAGCCAAGGCCAGCCCGACCUGGACAACGGGAGAGUUGGCGGUCGCAGAGGAUUCGUUCCCCCGUGCAGUGGGGAGCCCUGGUGCCCUGGGCCUGAGACAGAACACCUCAGAGCCCUGGGGUUUCUGCUGUGGGGGGCAAGGGGAGGCUGAGGACACCUGCCCUAGUCCUUGCCAAGUCUGCCAAACCCCCCGGAGAAGCAGGGGGGCAUGACCAGCUCAGAAUUGACUACGCCCCAAAGGCCAUGGCUCCUUACUGGGGAUGGGAGAUGUGUGGACACUGCUCUACCUGUGGGUGUGUGCAUGCAUGUGGGAGGUAACCUUCCUGGUGCCUGCGUGCACACACUGGCAUGCUGCCUCCACUACCCCACCCCUAAAACCUCAAUAAACUGCCCAGAACGGC